UGGAUGAUGUGUAACAAAAACAAUCAGAUUUGCCAAUAUUGUGUGAAAAUCUCUGCAAAAGUUGUUUUUAGUUAGAAGUAGAACUAAUUUGCCAAUUUUGGUUUAUCUUAAAAUCGAGGAUAUUAUGAUUUCCAAAGGUGAAUCUUCUGUCCCCACUACCGAGAAAAAACAUGGCACAAAGAUCACGACUAUAUUUUCAGAAAAUCGUGGCGCAUUUGCCUCCACGCGAAAAUAUAUUUUAGAUGGUGCAGGAGAUUUUAAAGUUGUUGAGGAAUUGGACGAGAAAAAUAAUUCCCUGUCGCCCUCGUCAUCAUGGGUCCAGUCGAUAAGGGUCGCCCUGCGUCAAGUCUUUCUCCCUUUCGGGUAUCCAAAUUCCGUGUCGGCGGAUUAUGUGACUUACCAAAUUUGGGACACUCUGCAGGCGUUUUCCAGUUCAAUAACGGGAGCACUUGCAACCGAGGCCGUGUUGAAAUCAGUUGGCGUUGGAAAUGCGACUGCGACGUCUUUGGGAGCUGCGCUAACCUGGUUAUUGAAAAGUGGGAGCGGACACAUUGGUCAGAUUGUGUUUGCAUGGGCAAAAGGAACUUCAUUGGACCAUGAUUGCAAAAAAUGGAGACUGUUUGCUGACGGGUUGAACGACAUUGCGACAUUUAUCGAUUUAAUUGCCCCAUUAUUUCCAACCAGUGUGGUGGUUUUUGUGCUAUGUUCUUCCAGUGUGGCGAGGGCGUUGGUUGGUGUAGCAGGAUCUGCGACACGAGCAGCAGUCACGCAACAUCAAGCGAGAUUUAACAAUAUGGGGGACGUUUCUGCAAAAGACGGAAGUCAAGAAACCCUUGUAAAUUUAGUUGCAUUGAUUACAAGUCUGAUUUUGCUACCGAUUGUCAGUGGAAAAAUUAUGGCUGUCUGGCUACUAUAUAUAAUUUUCACAUGCAUUCACCUAUACGCCAAUUAUAGAGCUGUUACAUGUCUCGAAAUUGAAACGCUGAAUCGUCCCAGGCUAUUGAUGUGUGUCCAGGAAUAUAUAAAUUCUGGGAAUGUGUCCUCUGUCAAAGUGAUUAAUCAAAGAGAGAGUGUCAUAUUGGGUAGUCGUGGACUUUUAGAUUCAGACGUUUGUGGUCUGCAAAUAAAAAUGGGCGUGCCGUUGGACAUUGCUUUAUCUGGAGCCAAUGAGAAUGGUGAUAGAAAACGUGGAGUGGUACUGGAGCGUCUAAUUUCUACGUCAAAGUCAUUCCUUGUGAUUCCCAAGGGAUCAGAAAUUAAUAUAGUUUUACAUGAGAACAUUCAGCCUCGCGACAUUUUGGAGGCGUUUUGUCGUGCAAUAUUUCUGGGAGUGGCAAUUACUGCAAAAUCUAAUCCGCAGAAGCUGUCUACAGUACAAAAAUCUUUGUCUUCCAUAUUGAAAUCUGAUGUAUUUUCUCUUAAUCCAAUGGAUGAUACGAUUUCAAAAGAAUGGGAGAACUUUGAACGAAUUGCAAAAAAUCAAGGUUUCAUUUUUUCGCAAGCCCCUUUGGAUACUGGUGAAUGGAGAGCAAAAUGGAUUAACCAGUGAUUCUGUACUUUUAUAUAAAACGCUGCAUUAUUAUUUAUUUCGCUUGUUACAAUCCGAAAAAUAUGUAUAACAUCAACAUUCCUCCGUGUAUUGCGAUACUCGGCAAAGUCAAUAAUUUUAAAAACUAAUUAAUAAAUAUAAGGCUAUAUGUAGUUAUAUAUUUCAUAUAAUAAAUACUUUUCAUUCCUA